UAAAUAGGACUCUCUUCCUAUGGAGAGACACAGUGUUUUAUAGGAGCAACAAGUGACUGAGAUCCAGCCAGGCACUCUAAGAUAGAAAGCCUGGAAGACAUCCGCACCCAAAAACGCACUAGGCCUCCCCUGUGCCCCCAUGCGGAAAGGCCCCAGGGGAGAAUUCGCCAGCUGAGCCUCAAAAACAAGCAGCUGAGAUUAAGCUGACGCCAUGGAGAAAGGGAGGUGGAGUUCUGAAGAUGCUCCCAGAGCAUCCAUGCCUGACGAACUGUCACAUCCUAAGUUUUCGGAAUGGAAGUUUAAGCUCUUUCGGGUCAGGUCCAUGGAGAAGGCCCCUCUGCCUAAUGAAACACCGGUGGAGAAGGAAAACCAGCCUGAGGUAGCAAUGGAGGUGGCAGGCUCUCCAGGCAGUGUUAUGAAGCUCUGUUUUGGAGGGAAGAGUAAGGAAAACAUGGAGAGUGCUCGAGGGAGAGUGGACCUUAAGCUGCAGGAAAUUGAUACACAUAUGAAUCUUCUCAAAUGCUUGUGUCGCCUUUGUGGCCUUUCAAUACGGAAGGCUAAAGGUCCGUCGCAUGAAGUCCAGGGAGACUUGAAAGAGUCCAGUCGGUGUGCCUUGCGUAGGAUGGGCUGCAAGUUUCUGACCUGGCCAGAAGUGAUCUUGAAGGUCUUCAAGGUGGAUGUGACAACCGACAUGGAGACGGUGCAUCCAUCUUUGUUUUGUCACAGAUGCUGGACUGCUGCCAUGAGGGGAGGAGGUUUCUGUUCUUUCACUAGGACCCAGAUCCCAGACUGGAAGCCCCACACCUCCAACUGCGACCUCUGCUUCCCUAAGAAGAGCUCUUUUCAGCGAAUAGGAAGGAAGCGGGCUAAACCACUUAAAAGUGCACACAGCCUUCCAAAGAGAAUCAAAAGGGACUCCUCAGAAUUCUCAGGGGCCAAUAGAGUGUGGAGACAGACCACAGAGAAUAUUUUGGGAUCAGGUGGGAAAGAAUGGUUAAAACUAUCAGUUCAGAGAGGACAGUGGGUAAAGAAUAUCACACAAUGCCAGAGGGACCAUCUGAGCACUAAGCUCAUCCCCACCGAAGUCCCAGCAGACUUCAUACGUGCUGUUACUUGCCAAGUAUGUGAUCAUCUGCUUUCUGACCCUGUCCAGUCACCGUGUAGACACCUGUUCUGUCGGGUCUGCAUCCUAAGAUACAGUCAUGCUUUGGGCCCAAACUGUCCCUCCUGUAACCAACAUCUAAAUCCAUCCCACCUGAUCAGGCCAGCCAAAUUCUUCCUUGCCACCCUCAACUCUCUACCUCUACUCUGCCCCAGAGAAGGAUGCAGCGACUGGGUCCGAUUGGACUCCUUUAAGGAACACUGCCUCAACCACUACCAUGAAAAAGAGUCUCAAGAAGACCAAACACCUUCAGACCAGAAUAUCGAUGGUUACUUGCCAGUCAACAAAGGUGGGCGUCCUCGACAGCACCUUCUGUCACUGACCCGUCGGGCUCAAAAGCACAGGCUGAAAGACCUGAAAAACCAGGUGAAGGUUUUUGCUGAAAAGGAAGAAGGAGGGGAUGUGAAGUCAGUCUGUUUGACGCUCUUCCUUCUAGCGUUGAGAGCUGGGAAUGAACACAAACAAGCAGAUGAACUGGAAGCUAUGAUGCAAGGCAGGGGAUUUGGGCUGCAUCCUGCAGUGUGUUUGGCUAUAAGGGUAAACACCUUCCUCAGCUGCAGUCAGUACCAUAAGAUGUACCGCACUGUAAAGGCCACUAGUGGUCGCCAGAUUUUCCAGCCCCUGCACACUCUACGUAAUGCUGAGAAAGAGCUUCUUCCUGGGUUUCACCAGUUUGAGUGGCAGCCAGCUUUAAAAAAUGUUUCCAGCUCCUGGGAUGUGGGCAUCAUUGAUGGCCUCUCUGGUUGGACAACCUCUGUUGAUGAUGUUCCUGCGGACACUAUCUCCAGAAGAUUCCGUUACGAUGUGGCACUGGUUUCUGCAUUAAAAGAUUUGGAGGAGGACAUAAUGGAAGGACUGAGAGAGAGGGAGCUAGAUGACAGCAUAUGCACCUCCGGUUUUACCGUUGUGGUGAAAGAAUCAUGUGAUGGUAUGGGAGAUGUCAGCGAGAAGCAUGGAUGUGGUCCAGCGGUUCCUGAGAAGGCAGUGAGGUUUUCCUUCACAAUCAUGUCCAUCUCCAUCCGAGUUGAGGGUGAAGAUGAUGGCAUCACCAUCUUUCAGGAACAAAAGCCAAACUCUGAGCUCUCCUGCAGACCUUUGUGCCUCAUGUUUGUGGAUGAGUCCGAUCAUGAGACCCUAACGGCCAUCUUGGGCCCUGUGGUAGCAGAGCGGAAAGCCAUGAUAGAAAGUCGCCUUAUUUUAUCGGUUGGUGGUCUGCUACGGUCCUUUAGGUUCUUAUUCCGGGGGACAGGCUACGAUGAGAAGAUGGUUCGUGAAAUGGAAGGCCUAGAAGCAUCAGGCUCCACUUACAUAUGCACACUUUGCGACUCAACCCGAGCUGAAGCCUCUCAGAACAUGGUGCUACAUUCCAUCACACGUAGCCAUGAUGAAAAUCUUGAGCGCUAUGAAAUCUGGAGGAAAAAUCCUUUCUCAGAAUCUGCUGAUGAGCUCCGUGACCGGGUCAAAGGUGUUUCUGCCAAGCCAUUCAUGGAGACCCAGCCUACUCUAGAUGCCCUGCACUGCGACAUUGGCAAUGCUACUGAAUUUUACAAGAUCUUUCAGGAUGAGAUUGGCGAAGUCUACCAGAAGAGCAAUCCGAGUCGAGAGGAACGCCGUCGUUGGCGGUCAGCCCUGGACAAACAGCUAAGAAAGAAGCUGAAACUCAAGCCUGUAAUGAGGAUGAAUGGAAACUAUGCUCGUCGGCUGAUGACACGUGAAGCUGUGGAUGUGGUCUGUGAGCUGGUUCCUUCUGAGGAACGGCGUGAGGCACUACAAAAACUGAUGGACCUCUACCUCCAGAUGAAGCCUGUGUGGCGUUCCACCUGUCCCUCCCGAGACUGCCCUGUCCAACUUUGUCAAUACAGCUACAACUCUCAGCAAUUUGCUGAUCUGCUUUCCACCACAUUUAAGUACCGUUAUGAUGGAAAAAUUACCAACUACCUCCACAAGACUCUGGCCCAUGUUCCUGAGAUUGUUGAGAGAGAAGGGUCUAUUGGAGCAUGGGCCAGUGAAGGCAAUGAGUCUGGGAACAAGCUGUUCAGGCGUUUUCGGAAGAUGAAUGCAAGGCAGUCCAAAACAUUUGAACUUGAAGAUAUACUUAAACACCACUGGUUGUACACCUCCAAGUAUCUUCAGAAAUUUAUGGAGGCUCACAAGAAUUCAGCAAAAGCAAUGCAGGCCACAUUCAACCCAGAAGAGACCCCAGAUGAAGUUGAUAUAGCUCUUGAAGUCCCAGAUUUUUGAGUGUUUCUUUGAUUGACUUUCUUUAAUGGACCCUUUUUCUUGCUAAUGAAAAUAUUGUUAAGUAAUUGAUUUUAUUUCUUGAGAUGAUAUUUAAUAUCACGUGUAAUGGCUUUAUUAUUCACUUCA